AUGGUCCAUGCCCAGCCUCCGGAGGGGAAGACGGUUGUUGUUACUGUAGGAACAACGAGGUUUGAUGGGUUGAUUGACGUUGUUGAUGGUGUGGAAUUUCAGUCGAGAUUGCAGAGUUUAGGGUAUACGAACAUUGUUUAUCAAAUUGGAAGAGGAAGAAGAAUCCCUGCAAUAUCCAUCUUGAAUCUCUUUGUUUACGACUAUUUGGACAACUUUUGUGAGUUUAUAGAACAAGCGGAGCUGAUCGUAUCGCACAGCGGGGCCGGUACUCUGCUGGAUGUUUCAGAGUAUAGAAAGCCGGUUAUAUUCGUUGUAAACGAAGAUACAUCUGAAAGUCACCAGAAGGAGUUGACUAAAGUGCUAGGUCCGAACUAUUUUGCUAGUUUGGAGACUCUUUUGGACAAGUUGGAUGAUCCUAUAAUAGCUCCCAAAGACGUGUUCACAAAGCUCUUGUCUGGCGACAAGUUGAGGGGCCUAAUCAGCAACUUGUUUGAUGAUUAA